UCUCCUUCCCCCCGGCCCCUCAGCCCCAGCCGGCGGUGCCGUUCCUGGUGUGGAGCUGCCCCGCUGAGCCGUGACGGGAGCGCUGCGGGAGGCAGCAGCCCGGGAAGGGGCUCGGGCAGUGGCUCCGGAGCCUCCGUAUCCUCACCAGGACGGCGGGAAGAGCCGGAACGGAAGCUUCCCGGAACCUGCGUGGCUGGCCCGUGCUUCCUGGGGCGGCCGCGCCUCGCCUGUGUUCCGGUUCCGGGUGGCGGCCGCGUCCUGAGCGGGGUCGCGGAGCGGGCAGGUAUGGGACAUGGAAGUGACCACGGCCAUGGCCAUGGCCAUGACAAAGUGGAGCUCCCCGACUACAGGCAGUGGAAGGUGGAGGGAACUCCCCUCGAGGAGGUGCAGAGAAGGCUGGCUAGACGGGGUCUGAGGGAUCCGUGGGCUCGUAAUGAAGUGUGGAGAUACCAUGGUGGCUUUGCAAGACCUAUCACCAUAACAGAAAUCGUUGCCAGGGGACUCAAGUGGGGAGCUGCAGCUUUCAUCAUAGCUCUGGGCAUUGAAUAUACACUGUUUCCUCCAAAGAAGAAUGGAGGCCACCACUGAAGAUGAAAUAUGACACCUUAAUACGUACCAAUCAUAAGCUGAACCAUACAUAAGCCUGCUGCUCAUUCUGUACUUUUAAUGUGCAUAUUAAAGUCUAUCACAGGCAAA